UUCCGGCCGCCCUGAGGGUGUCAUUAGAAGAGGUAGUAGCCAAAGAAAGCAGCUGGGAACAUUAGUCACUCGCAGCUCUACAUUUCUGUCUUCCUUCAGCUCCGGAGGUUACAUCCAGAUUUACAGAAUUAUUUUCCUCCACCAGAAGUAAACUGGGAGUACAGUAUCCAUACACAAUGGAGUUUCCUGAACUGAUGAGUGAAGAUUUUGACAACUACUCCUAUUACUAUGAGAAUCCAGAAAAUGAAACACCCCAGUCCCACAUCAGUGUUGCACACUUGAUUUCCCUUUCCUUGUGCAGCGUGGCAUUUCUCCUGGGCGUGCCAGGAAAUGCCAUAGUCAUCUGGUUUAUGGGGUUUAAAUGGAAUAAAUCAGUCAGUACACUCUGGUUCCUCAACUUGGCCAUUGCAGACUUCAUCUUUGUUCUUUUCCUGCCUCUCUACAUUACGUAUGUGGCAAUGGGUUUCCAUUGGCCCUUUGGGAAAUGGCUCUGCAAGACUAACUCCUUCAUUGCUUUAUUGAAUAUGUUUGCCAGUGUCUUCUUCCUGACCUUCAUCAGCCUUGACCGCUAUCUCCGCCUGGUGCAUCCAGUCUUUUCCAACAAAUAUCGGACCCUAAGGAACACCCUCAUUCUGAGUGUGAUUAUUUGGAUCUCAGCUGCUAUUAUUGGUGCCCCUGCCUUAUACUUCAGAGACAUAAUUACAGUUCACAACUCCACUAUUUGCUAUAACAACUUCCAUCCAUAUGAUAAAGAACUCAUUCUGAUGAGGCAUAAUAUUUUCAUUUGGGUGAGGCUUUUUUGUGGUUACCUCUUUCCCCUAGUGACCAUGGUCCUUUGUUAUUCCUUUCUGGUUCUCAAAGUGAAGAAGAGAACCAUGCUAACCUCCAGCAGGCUUUUCUGGACCAUCCUUGCAGUAGUUGUAGCUUUUUUUGUGUGCUGGACCCCCUAUCACAUAUUUACCAUUCUGGAACUAUCUGCUCACCAUCAUGAACACUUCCAUGAUUUGCUUCUCAGUGGUAUUCCCCUCUCUACUGGCCUGGCUUUCAUCAACAGCUGUCUCAAUCCAAUCCUCUAUGUUCUGAUCAGCAAGAAGUUCCAAACCCGUGUCCGGGCAACCAUUUCUGAGGCACUAAAACUUGCAGUCUGGGAGGUCAGCCGGUCUGGAACGGUCAGUGAACAACUGCGGAACUCUGACAACAGCCAUGUGGCUGUGCAGUAUUGUGAAACCACUCAGUGACCAGCUCUUAAGUCUUUCCCUCAGUGCGUAUAACCAGCAAUAGAUUCACAAUCAAACGCAAGACAUGUAUCUUAGCUAUGAAAUAGAACAGUGGGUUGAUUACAAUUAGUUUAAUGCCCUCCAUUUUAGCUGGAAUGUUUUUAAGGAUGCAAAUUUUGGGCAGGACGCUAUUUCAAAGGACUGAGUCAAAGCCCACUGAAGUCAGUGGGAUUUUGAUCAGAUAUAGCCCACUAUUAGUCCUGUUUGAAAUUUAUACAAGGUAUUUAAAAUGACACCUCUUCAACAUAAUCCUAUACAAUUCAGAGGAAUAGUUUUGUUAUUUAAAAUUUUUAAUCUAGGUGUUAUCAGUCUGGCGCUCAUACACAGCUUUUGGAGAUCAUGAUCACACUCAACUUCCAAUAAUGCUAAAUAAGGGGAUUUCCUGGCUAGAUCCCUGUUAGGUGGAAGGGGGAGGAGGCCUAGUCUGAGUGGGAGAGGGAUCCCUAUAUAGUAGAGAGUCCCAAACAUGGAAACAGUUGAACAAGUGCUGUAGAUUAUUACAACAAAAAUCAAUUAAUGUCCCCUGCUCAGUGGCUGAUGUUUUCUUACACUCUGCUUGGAUAAUGCACAUACCCUGGUCUGAUACAUAGCAGCUUCUAGUCUGUUUCAUUUCCCAGUUGUCCAUUUUUGGAUGCUUUACAGUGAAGAGGGGUUGUUUUUAAUAUUUUUCCUGCUCCUGAAAACCUAAAGAAAUAAUUUUUUCUAAACAGUAGAUAUUGGAUGAUCCAUGCCUCCCAAUAUUCUACAAAAUCUUAAUAUUGGCCUAAAACUAGUCUAUAUUAACCAGCUGGUUUUUGAUUCCACUAGUGGAACCAAAAGAUGAAGUAGUUAACUAACUUUCUAAAACCCACUCACCAUUAUCAAGCCUUUCCAUUGGUGGAUAAAAUGUAUAAAAGACAUUCUUGCAUGAUUUUCAAUAGUUUGUAAGAAAGGGCAAAAUUUGUUGCCCAUUGUAGCAAGGUCUGCUCAAACAGGUGAGGAUUUGCAGGAUCAGACCCCAAGUAAGGGUAGAAUUUGGUACCAUUGUUUUUAUUUGUUGCUUGCUUUAGAAUUGUGCAUGGUAUUGAUGUAUAAGCUAAAAUUCAUCCUUGAUAUAACCCUAUUGAAUUUAGGUGAAUUAUACUGGGAUGAAUUUGGCCCUAAGUUUCCUAUUAACCCACGUAUAUCCAAUAAUAGUAUAUUUUCAGCUUCCAUAUACAAAACUGUUGUCAUCUUAUAUAUAGAUUCAUGUUUGUGUUCUUUUGCAUAUUCUGUCACUUUAAAAUAUAUUUGUACACAUAUAAAUAGAUCAAUAUGGCCUUUGGCAGCAGCAUCUCUUUGUAGUCUGAAUUCAUUAAGCCUCAUGAGCUAAGCUGUGUUAGGGUGUGGUUACUCUGCACUCUUACCUCAAAAUAAGCUACGCAAUUUGGGCUAUGCAAAUUGCAUAGUUA